AUCCACUUCUUCAACUCGACCAGCAUGAACAGCACCAAAGCCGGUCCCUCUACGAGCAGAAUUGCCAUCGAGCCGCAUGGCUUUAUCAGCGGACAAGAGAUCAGCGAUGCGGCUACGGGUCAGCCCCUGUGCAACCGCUACCUAGGUGUACCAUAUGCUCAGCCCCCCAUCGGCCCUCGUCGCUGGGCGCUUCCGCAACCUUUACCCGCUGGUUUCUCCUAUUCAUCCCAGUCUUGCUACGACAGCUUCGCACCGCAAUGCCUUCAACCCAAGUACAGGCAUCAGUACAGCAUAGACCCGCCCGAGCCACCAAGAGAGAGCGAGGAUUGUCUCUACCUCAAUAUCUGGACUCCCUGUGGUGAUCCGCCAGAGGGAGGAUGGCCAAUCUGGUUCCAAAUUCACGGCGGAUGGCUGCAGACAGGUGAUGCAAAUCAGAGCCCAUUGAAGGAUCUGGCACAUCUGAUAGCGCCGAGAGACCGUGCAGGGAUGGGAUUGCAAUGUGUCGUCGUGUUCCCGGCGUAUCGGCUCAACGUCUUUGGCUUCCUGGGUAGCGAUGCGCUUGACAAGGAGGCGGGGAAGGGGAACUUCGGCUUCUUCGACCAACGCCUCGCCCUAGAAUGGGUGCAUAGCCACGCGCGAAGCCUUGGCGGUAACCCGUCCAGCAUCACCGUCUCGGGCCUCUCUGCUGGAGCACAAUCUGCCCAUGCUCAAGUCCUGUACGAGUUCAGUCGCGCCCAGCAAGACGAGUCGUACCGCCCUCUCAUCCGACGCUGCCUCCUUCGCUCGGGUACUGCGAUGCUUCCGCCCAAGAGCCUUGAGGAGACAAGGCCGCAGCUGGAGGAGCUGGCGAGAUGCCUCGACAUUGAAAAGCAGACCGCCUCAGAUCGACUUCAGACCAUGCGCGCGGUGCCAGCCGAGAAGCUCGUAGCGGCCAUUGACAAACUCAAGAUGCACACUUUCCGCAGCGUGGAUGAUGGCGGACCGGCAGAGGGCGGCUUCGUGAGCAGCUCAUGGGCCGAGGAUAUGAGGAGCGGUGCCUUCUCACGAUGGUGUAAGAAGCAGGGGAUCGCCUUCAUGAUCGGCGAAUGCGCCAAUGAAGACCAGCUUUAUCGUCUUAUCAACCCACCAAACCCCACGCCCAGCUUCGGCGAGUCUCUCCAGCUCGAAUUGCACAACUACUAUCCACUCCGUACCACUGAGGCCCUGCUCCGAGCUUACGCCGACGCCCUUCCGGCCAAUACCAACAAAGACAGCGACGCCUGGGCAACCACGUUCGGCCGGAUCACAAGCGACGCCCAAGUCUUUGCUGCCGAGCGUCUCCUCAUUCGCUAUCUCAUCCGUCCGGACGAGGGUGGACUGACCCAGGAUGAUGUACUUCAUUACCGGCUGGAGCGCAGGGCUGGGUUCUUGGACGAGGUCAUGCCGCGCGAGACGGGUGUGUAUCACGGUGCGUGUGAGGCCGUCUUCCUCUACAUGGAGGAGGCGAUCCUCGCCCAGGAGCAAGUUGGGGAGGCGGCUGCGAAGACGACGGCUCGGAAGGAUCUCUCGUCUUUCGAAGAAUUCUGUGCUCCCUUCCUCGAAUGGGUACGGGGUAGAGACCAAGCGAGCGUAGCAAAGCAAUGGCUUACCGGCUCAACAGGCGACACUGAGAGCGUGCGCACAACAGCGGCAGGAGGGGCUUCAGGGAGGAUGAGAAUCUUGAGGGCCGAUGGGAGGGUCGAAGUUGCUCGCGAUCCACUGGAGGAGAGCAAGGAUUCGCUGAUCUCCGCGCUCGAGAAAGCAAUAUUUGCCUAAUAGUAUUUGCGCCCUGAGUAAAGGGCUCAAGGGUUUUCAUUGUAUCGACGCGGUAUUGCGCGACCGCGACCGAGGGAAUCCUGCGGCGCUCUCGCGAUUCCAUUGUUAGCCAGCAGGCGGCUCAGCUCAGCAUGAUGAGAAGACAGACAGGGGCACGGCCCUUUGGUCGGAACAUGAUGAGGUAGGAGCGGCCCGUACCACUUGAAUGCCGCCGCCCUUGGCCUGACUACGCUUUUCCGCGUCGCCGGUAGCUGA